GGCACGAGCUGGAGCUGCUCUCUUUCUCUCUUUCAGUACAGACUUUGUGUGUUCCCUUGUUGUGUGUGUGUCUCUCUCUCUCUGCCUCGAGCGCACGCUCCAGUCGACAAGCACACACCGUCGCCGUCGUUCGGUUGCCCUCUCUUUUUCACCGUGUGUCCGUUCGUAGCGGCCUCCUUUCCGUAUCUGGAGGAGAGACCCUUAUUCGUUCUCAGUCGUUGACGACGCGUGGUUGUGAACAGAUCGAGAGAGACUUGCGAGUGAUACAGUAGUUUCCAACCCACUGUGGUGCGACAUGCAGACUUGUGCAAAUGCGCCUCUAGUGUAGUGUUACAUUUAUUUGUACAAAGACACCAAGUGUUUAAGUAUUUUGGAUGUUAAGUGCCGGGACCGUCGUCCACCUUCCAACUGGAUUACACUGGACCAGGAAGUUCCAGGAAUCAGGACGCUGCGAGAAAAAAAUAUGGAUUACUCGACGAAAGUUACUGUCAAAAGUGGCUCCGAGCAAAGAUCUGAGAGUGAAGCGCAAGCCGAUGCUGCCUCGUCCCCAUCCAGUGUUGAAUUACCGGAGAGCGCGCACUCGUGCCCGGCCUGUUCGGCCGUGUUGCCCACCUCCGGCGACCUGACGAACCAUAUACACGGCCACAACUCGUCCCGCAGCACGGACUGCAGCGGCGAGGACGAGUACUGCUGCAACAUGUGCAACAGGAUGUUCAGCUCUUCCAGUUCCCUCAACAGGCACUUGUCGAUGCACGCAGGUGCCCGGCCGUACAAGUGCAAGUACUGCGAGAUGGCGUUCACCACGAACGGGAACAUGAACAGGCACCUGAAAACAGCGCACAGAGGCGUGUCGCCGCACAGCUGCACGGAUUCCGAGGCAAGUACCAGCGGCAGUAACAGCAGCGACUCGGAGAAAUCCAAGAGGCGACAUCUCGAGGAGUACAACAACAACGAGAUCACCAAGAGGAACUCGCCGGACUACGUCGAUCGGCGAGAUGAGGAGGAGAUGGAUCAGGAGGAGGAGGAGGAAGAGCUGUCGUUGUCGUUGCCAGCGAAGAGGAAGUACUCGGGCGACAACGAGACGCACAAGAGGCACAAGAUCCUUCUGAACAGCUCGAGGACGGAAAUGAAGCCAAGGCCGGACGACGGCCAGAACAUCUGCACCUGUCCGGUGUGCGGCCGACAGGACUUUGGCAGUAGCGCACUCUUGGAGGCGCAUCUGGAACGAAACCAUCCGGAGUUCCCCGCGAAAUGCGACAGUUGCAACCUGUCGUUCAAAAACCACCGGGUGCUGAAUCUCCAUCGGUUCAUGAUACACUUCGCGGAACACCCGGUGGGGAACACGGCGAGGAAUCUGCGAAACUCCGUGGUCGGUUUCAACGAUUUGACGUUCGUCGACUUCUCGUCGGGCAAAUUUCCAGCGAUCGCCAGGGCCGUGUGCGAGCAGUCUCUUCAUCGGCCGGCCUCCGGCGAGGUGGCCAAGUUCCAGUGCUCCAAGUGUCUGCGAGCGUUCCCCUGUAGAUCGGCGUUGGACGCUCACGAGACCGACUGCGGCAUCACCAACUCUCAGAGCCGAACGAACGACGGCCAGUCGAGGAGGGACGACUUCUUCGCUGGCCUGGACUUGCAGAACAAGGCAGCGCUGACGGAGGCGAAAGAAGGGAAAGAUCUGGCCGACAUACAGAGCAUCAUUAGCGUCACGUCUGGCCCGAUACUGCAGAAUUUCCCACGAUCGGACGCGAGCACACCCGAGAAUGUCAAGUUCAAUCCAGGCGCCAGCUCAUCGGGCUCGUCCGGCACGUACUCCUCGGAGUAUCACGAGGAAGAGGCGCAGGAUGCGUUCGCCGCUGAAUUCCGAAGGAUGAAACUGAAGGGGGAGUUCCCUUGCAGGCUAUGCUCCGCGAUAUUCCCAAACCUGAGGGCGUUGAAGGGUCACAACAGAGCUCACAUGGGCGUUGGACCAGGCAUGCCAUACCCGUGCAACAUGUGUCCCUACACCAGCACCGACAAGGCAACGCUGGUGAGACACCUGAGAUCCCACAACGGCGACAGACCGUACGAAUGCUCCCUCUGCAACUACGCAUUCACCACCAAGGCGAACUGCGAACGCCACGUGCGCAACCGCCACGGGAAACUGACCAGAGAGGACAUCAAGAGCGUCCUCAUCUACCACCCGAACGAGGACUCGACGAACGAGAACGUGGAACGAACCUCGCCGAGAGUGACGAAGGACGAGGUGAGGAAGAGCUUGGUUUUCCCGACCGAGCGAGGCGAUCACCUUCAUCACCAGGCGCAGGUGCACUAUCCUCCACCGAUCAGAGGAGAAAUUAGGAUAAUAGAAGAAGCGAAACUGCACAACGCCGCGAUGGGGGCGGCACACCACGGUGUGAUGAACCACUGCGACAAGAGCGAGGCGUUCACGAGGCUCGGCCAGCCCAUGGCGAUGAUCCAAGCGCGCGGCAACGACGGAAAGCCCGGCCAGGAUGCCAAGUCGGACUAUUCGAAGCUGGACGACGACCUGGAAUCGAGAUCGUCCGAAGGUAGCGUGUCUCUAGUCACCGAAACGAAGUCAGAACCGCACCAAAGAGUACAAUCUAGUCCAAUAAACUUGAAGAAAGUUCUGAACCUGUCCGAGACGUCCGGCGAGGACGGGCCGCUCGACCUGUCGAUGGACGUGCUGGAUCUCAGCAAGAAGUCGAGGAACAAGGACGAGAACAACUCUGCCGUGUCCCACGAGCAAUACGGUAAAAGCCAGAAGGAUCUGUACAACCACUUGUUCCUCACGGAGGCAUUCCUGAAGGCUGGCCACAGCAGCUCUCAGCCGACCUCGCUCGAAACUCUGUACGCCAACGCCAUUUACAGAAACUUAAGCCAAACGUACCAGACCGGCGUCGGCGCUGGAAUUCUGCCGCCGUACAUGUUCAAUCCCCACAUAUUCGGCCAGGACUUCGCUGUGAAGGACAGGUUGGAGAAAGACUUGGUCAGAGGUCUGCAACUGACCAGCGGUGGCACUUUGGUGGAGCCGUCGACCAGCAGCGCUGGCUUCAGCGCAUACACACAGAACAGAGACAUGAAUCCUCAGUCAGCCGAGCAGAGCGAAUACGCGAAGCUGAUAUCUUCCAAGAUGGUGAACAAGGGAGUGACGAGCCGCGACAAGCCGGACAGCAUGUCGUCGUCGAACUCGGUGAAAAUGGUGAUCAAGAACGGGGUGCUGAUGCCUAAGCAGAAGCAACGAAGAUACAGGACCGAGAGGCCUUUCUCUUGCGAGCAUUGCUCGGCGAGGUUCACGCUGAGAAGCAACAUGGAGAGACACAUCAAGCAACAACAUCCGCAACACUGGAGCCAAAGACCCAGGGGUGGCCACUCCACGAGAGGAAGACCUCCUGCCAGUCACCCCACGUUGCUGCAAAAUCUUGGACAGCCGGCUCCUCAGGUUCCCCAAUCGUACGCCAACAUUCUGCCGAAGAGCGAAGAGUCGGCAGAAUUCGCGAGGCACUCCAUCUCCGACCAGGUGAAAUACGCGAUCCUGACGCAGAAGCUGAGGGCGAACAAGAUCGAGGACAACGACUCCGAGGAAGAGUUGGUGAUAGACGAAGGCCCGCAAGAGAAGGAUUGUCAAGAGUCUCAGGAUCAGAAGGAGAAAAGUCUGUUGAGGGGGCAGUUGGAAGGUGGAGAGUCCGCGAAAGAGACUCCGGCGAGGGAUUCGUCGAGAACCGACUCGAACGAGGCUGACGGUAAAGAAGCGAACGUGAAAGUAGAGACGAAGGAGGAGAGCCCUGCCGAGGCAGAUCACGACAGAUCGGCCGACAAGAGUCCUAGCAAAGCGUACAGGACGAGACCGGUGGCGGUGAAGAGCGAGAAAAAGGAAGACGAAAACACUGACCUGGCUAGCGUUUCAGAGUUAUUGGACAACGCGUGCCAACAGUAUCCGGAGUUUCAGUCGCAAUACCUGAGCGACGAGGAAGGCCUGGUGGCGUCCAACAGCGAGUGCCACAAUUCAGGCAGCGACGAAAAGUCUGACUCGGUGAACUCAGUCAGCUCCGUGACCGCGCCGUCGAAAAAAAAAAAAAAAAAAAAGAAAAAGAAAUCGGCAUACUCGAUGGCGCCGAACAAAGUGAUCUGCCCGUACUGUCAGCGCCCGUUUCCCUGGACGUCGUCUCUUAGGAGACACAUUCUCACCCAUACAGGACAAAAGCCCUACCAGUGCACUCAUUGCUCGCUUCUGUUCACCACAAAGUCGAACUGCGACCGUCACCUGCUGAGGAAGCACAAGACAAACCCAAACAAAGUGCACAGAGCGAGAAACUCCUCUUCCCCGGACUCCCAACCGGUCGUCAAUAGCAACAACUCGUUCUCCACGAGGAACGUACCGGAAAGACCGUACAAGUGCAAUCAGUGUCCCAGCUCGACAUUCUCGACGCUGGGCAACCUGAAGAAACAUCGUUCUACGAAGCACGGUCGGAAGUUGAAGUCGCGAUCGGACACACCGUCCAGCGAGCCACAGAACAGCCCGCCGGAGUGCCCGAAGCAGAACAACGAGCAAACCGACUACGACAGCCAAUCAUCGAGCGUAUCCGAGGGCAUAGAGCCUUCAUCCGUGGCAACGCUUCCCAAGACCAACUCCAACACCUCGUCGACAAACGACACGGCCAGGUCGAGGAGAUCCUCGCCGCGAACCUCGCCCGGACCUAGCGACGUGCCGUUCAAAUGCCACCUGUGUGACUGUGGCUUCGCCGACCGCCAAGAUUGCCUGGAACACAUCAAGGUGAAUCACAAAAGAUCGUACGAGAUGCUGGUGGCGAAAGGAGCGUUGGACAUGGACAUUGACGCGAUGGAAGAGCAGCAACAGCCACCGCCGCAACACCAGACCAGCGACGGUGAAGAGAAACGAGGACGUUUCCCAGACUACAGCAACAGGAAGGUGGUCUGCGCUUUCUGCAUGAGGCGGUUCUGGUCCGCGGAGGAUCUCCGACGUCACAUGAGGACGCACACCGGCGAACGGCCGUUCUCCUGCGACAUUUGCUGCAGGAGAUUCACUUUGAAGCACAGCAUGCUGCGGCACAGGAAGAAGCACGAGUCCAUCGACUCGACAAUGUACGUCGGCACGAGCGGCGACGAGGAGAACUCGCCGUCGCAGCCGUCCGGCCAACAACAGCAAAUGUUGCUAACGACGACGAACAACGGGAAUCCCCACAUUCAGGACAGGAUCGCGACACACUUGCCGACCGCCGCUCCGAUCGCAGCCAGCGACGCGGCUGCACCGAGCGGAUUAAUCAGAUUCAAUCCGUACGAGAAACUGACGACGCUCUCCGGGAAGCUGGCCAGCAUCCCGCAGAAUGUGAACCCGGACGCGGAGAGCACGGACAACGACUUGAUUUCAAAUCUACUGGGGAUAGGAGACAAGAGUUUCAUCGACAAGGUGCUGCAGGCAUCGCCCGACGAUGCUGCCAAAUUGUUGGGAGUAAACCACAGCCACGAGUGAAAUAAACUCACAUGUUGUUUCUUUCUUUCUGUUUUUUUUUUUUUUAAUUUUUUUUUAUUUUUUUUUUUUUUUUGGACAUUUCACGACUGUGCCUUAAGUUCUUCGAACUGAUCUUCGCGUCGUAGAGUCAGUGCCAGUAGGUACUUACUCACCGAGGUAAACGAAAAAGUAUCUGUGAUGUGCUGUCGAUGACUUGUUGAAAAUUGCGUUUCUCAAAUUUCCUGCGGCGUGUUCUUUCUUUUUGUUUCAAAGACUGAAAGAAUUCGUUUCAUCACACAGGGAUACUUCUGGUACUUUCUUAGUUGACGCGUGAUCGCUUAGCAAGUGAACGUUGCAAUAAAAAUUUCAGAUAUUAAACGAAUCGUCGAUUUUUUUUUUUUUUUUUUUCUCUGCAUAACGCCAGUUGAUCAGUUGGGAUCACUCUCACAGUAGGAUUAAGUACCUACUUGCAUUCCCUAUCUGUUUUGUUUUUCUCUUUGUGUCUCUCUUUUAAACUACUACCAAUCUCUACGUACCUCUCUUGUAUAUAGAACCACGCGUACGUACAUGCGAGACACGUAUCGUUUCUAGUAAGAAAUAAGCCUUGCCAAUACGAGAUCCUAUGGAAAGGAUGGACGACUCUAAUCUUUCUUACGUGCCACGAUCGAAGAUUGAAAAGGAGAACGCCACGACGCGUGAAUCGAUCGGGCCCCACUGAUGAAUAAACCCAAAGACGCAUUUUAGACAACGAAUUAAGUUAGCCAUAUGAAUAUGUACUUCUAUUUAUUGUUCGUUACAUAUUUAAAGCAGAGUUUUCCUCGCCACGAUAUGUGGUGGCUUUGGAUAUUGUUCCGAGUAGCACCAGUUCCCCAUGGACACGAGAUUUUCAGAGGAUGGUAAAAAAAAAAAAAAGUGGAUGAAAAAUCCACCGUAUAAAAAUUUUCGUUCUCUAUAUUUAUUAGCCUCGGAGAUAUAAAAAAAAAAGGAGAAAAACUUUCAAACAGAAAUUGCUCGGCAACGUCUGUAUAGCAUUUUAUGCAAUAUUUUUGCGAACGUUCUUUUCAUUUCAAUCAUCCCGGAAGCUAAUAAAUGUUCGAAGGUUCUCCCAACCCCUGAAGAUCUCACGUCGACUAUGGAACUGGUGCCUCUUGGAAUUACAGCCCUGUCUUUUGACGAGGAAAAGAAGUCUCGAAAGUCUCGUGAGUCGAAGCAGACGGAACGAAACCGAGGGGAGAGUCGCGUUCGAUUUAUUGAUCGCGGAAACCGAGCUGCGGGGCUCAGUCGGUAAUGUAGCAAUAUAGGAAAGAAAGUUUAUCGUAACUUUAUAAACGUAUAUAAAUACGUAUGUAUUUAUAUAUAUAUAUAUAUAAAACAAACUUUCUUUUCUAUUCUUGCCUAUACAUACAUAUACAUAUAUAUAUAAUAUACAUAAUAAUCGAUUCAUAUUACAUAUAUAUGUAUGUAUGGGUAAUAAUCGAUUUCUAUUCCGUCGGGUAAAAGAUUGCAUAUGUACAUAUGUAGAUAGUCCAAUUAAAACACUCUGGUGUAGUCGUAUCGUACAUAGUCCACGUUUAACGAAGUCUCCUAGAAAACGAGGGAAACGAUAUUUAAGAAAAGAAGAAUGUAACCAUACCAAAUAGUCGGCCUCGGUUUUCAGACAUCGGCCCACUGGAUCUCUCGCCAGUAAAAUAAAAUCUCUCCGAGCCGACCGAUGAAAUAUUUGUAUCUUGUAACCGUACAUACCUAUUUUUUUUCUUCUUCUUCCGUCUCUGUUCUCUUCUCUCUCUCUCUCUCUCCCCCACGUUCCUCUCUUUCCGAUACACUUCCGUACUUAAUUUUCGCCGUUCCGUAAUGUGAUGUAUUAUUAUUAUCCAUUCUCUGCAUCUCCGACUCUCUAUUUUAUAUUCCCUUUUUCUUCUAUCCUAUCCUGCCCUUUCUUCGAUUUUCUCUUUAUCUUUGCUUCCUCCUCCCUCUUCAAACUUUCACUGUAUUUAUUCGUUUUUUUAGCGAGAAAAGGCUGCGUGCGAAUCGACGUGUGUGCUCGUUGAACGUUGAGCGUUACGAGUUCAACAAUGAGGGGUGUCUUUCCUCCUUCGUCCUUUUUUAAUUCUCGCCCCGAUGAGCGACGAACGUAUAAAUCUUGUAGGAGAUAAUUUUUAAUCUGCCGGCAUAUGUAUGAAUAUAGUUACGCUACACGCAUAAAACAAUCGCUCUAAUUGCGACGUGUCAAACCUCGAGGAAUCCAUCUUUCCACCAGAUUGAACGGAACAAAAUACCUGUAGUUUUAAGGUUAAGAACGUUUGUUAUAAAUUUCGAAAGUCAAAACAUAUGUAUAGAAGUACCGGGAAUGCAAAUUAUAAGGCUAUCCCUCGGGGUUUGAGGCAUUGGUGAAAAAGAUUUGAACACCCUCUUUGUCGCGGCGACAACGUACUUCUUGAGAAAUGUCUCUUGUAUUCUUUUUUGUUUUUUUUUUCGUUAUGCAUCAGAAAUCAAAUAUGUAUUUGAUACGUUAGUUUUCUUUUGCCACGAAGGACACCCCGAUAAUUUUAUUCUGAAACUGGCUGUUUCUUUUUUCUCGAAUCGUUGUUGAAAAUUAUUAUAUUUUUUAAAUUUAGCGAAAUUUACUCUACACUAUGUAUUGUUGAUGAAAUGAUUCUCGAACAGUUCAUUUCAUUCGAAAUUAGAUUAAUUUAUUCGUUGUUAAUAUUUUGAAUACUGAACGUACAUUGUCCGGAUGAACGUUUGAAAGAAAGAAACAAAAAGUGAAAAUAUUGACGACUGAGAGAGGAAGUUGCAAUACGAAAACAGAAAACGCUGUUUCAAGCCUCCACGUCGAUGCAGCACAACGUGUCAGCGAAAUCUAGGCAAACGAAAAAAAAAAAAAAAAAAAAAAACAAAAGGAUCUAUUUAUUAAAAAAAGGUAAAAUACGUUCGAAUAUUUUUAAUGACAUUUUUCUGAUUUGUUAAAAAAAAGAAUAAUGCUAUUUGUAGCGCACGUGUACAUAAUUAUGUUGUAUUCUUGUUUAAACUUUGCCUAUGAAUAAGAAUAUACCAUGUCAAAAUGAAAAAAAAAUUCACGGCUCCUUUCUCUUUCUAUUCUAAUUAUUUCUAAACGCAGCAGGGAAUAAUUAGAGUAGACGAAGCCCUUUCCACAAUUUUUAUUUCCCGUCGAAUGCUAUAAUAUUUCACUAAUAGUAACGUCCAGUAAAUAAUAUCAAUUAAAGUAAUAAAUUAUUAAGAGCAACCAAGCAUAUAUAUCACUAUUUACAUAUAAAUAUUACACAUUUCACUAAUUUGCGUUCUACUAUAAAACGCUAUUGAUAAAAUAGCGUCGAAUGCCGAUAUAAGAAAGACUCGCUUGCAUUUCCAUACUUCUUUUUUUUAUCUCUCUCUCUCUCUCUCUCUUUCGUUCUUGCGCGCGCUCGCUUUCUCACUCUCACUCUCUCUCAAAUCUUUGCACUUCCGCUUUUCAACUCACUCGGGAGACAUAUUGUCGAGGGAGUAACAUUCGCGGUCCCAUUAUCCGUGUCAACAUUUACCUACAAAACGCUUUUAGUCACUCUAUCACGAUUAUACAAACGUAUGUGCGUUUAACAAGAGACACUUAACUAUUGGAUUCGAUCAAACAACACCGAGGCUCGUAUGGAGCUUUCUAUUAAAGAUUUUCAAUCUUAAAACGUUCAAAGUAGCAACGAGUAUUUAUUAUUCCGGUGCAAUUUAAAACAUCUGCGGAUCUUCCGAUAAUCGCUUCGUGGAUUACAAACAGCCGUAUUGGGAGAAAUUUUUGGUCACGUUUCAUUUCGCUUUCUGUGAAAAACACGAACAGUAUAUAUAUAUAUAUACGAAUUGAACGCAUUUGAACGUAACACGUUAUAGCUGCGUUCCUCAACGAUCAAUCCAUGAUCCCAUCUGAAGAAGGAUCAUUUCAUAAUUAGCGCGCCGUACUAGAAAAAUCUUUGCCCAAACAUCUUACAAACGAUUCUAAAUAAAUCAUCUUAAGUACUUAA